AUUGCCUCUGUCUCUUCUCCGAGAUUUUGUUUCCUUCUCUCCUCACCAAUCAGAGAAAAGCUUCCAGCAAUCCACAUCUCCUUCUCCUUGAAAGCAAGUUGGAUCCUCAUUGGCUUCUUUUCCUUCUUUUCUUUCUUUUAAUUUUGUCGACAAAACCUUGCAUUUCCUGUCAGCCAAAAAAUGAGCCCUCUCCUCCACUGAACCAAGUUAGCAUGUCUCUCAUACACAAGUUAUCCAUCCAUGCACUCAAGUCUCCAACAUCUUCUACUUGUACCAACCAAGGCAUGAAGCGUAAAAGCUUUCCUCUCUAAGCGAAAUGGUGAUCCUUCAUUGACCUUAGUGCUAGCUUCUUCUCCACCUCAUUCCACACCAACGCCAAUAAAUAUCCCAUUUUUUUCCCCAUCUUCUCCCACUAGACAGCAUAUAAAACCACAAAAAAGCUGGCCUUCUGACACUAAUGGCCGAUCGCCCCCACUAUUCUCAGCCCGAAAAUAACGCCAAUUCCAUGUCAUCCCUCUCCUCCCCUUUCUCCUCCCUCUCCCGGACCACUCAGAAUCCAUUGCCAGAGACUUCGAAGGGCGCCCCCAAUCCCUCCCCUGAGUCCAAGAAGGGUGGUGGCGCGAAACGCGUGCGGGAUGGUAGCAGGCAUCCGGUGUACAGCGGCGUCCGCAUGCGGAACUGGGGGAAGUGGGUGUCCGAGAUCCGGGAGCCCCGCAAGAAGUCGCGCAUCUGGCUGGGGACCUUCCAGACGCCGGAGAUGGCGGCGCGAGCCCACGACGUCGCCGCCCUCAGCAUCAAGGGCGCCUCCGCCAUCCUCAACUUCCCAGAGCUCGCCGGCGUCCUCCCCCGCCCGGCAACCCUCUCCCCGCGAGACAUCCAGGCGGCCGCGGCCAAGGCCGCCGCCAUGGACCUCGCCGCCCCGCCGGAGUUGGCCACGGAGGUUCCGGCUUCGCCGGCGACACCCGAGGAGCUGGGGGAGAUCGUGGAGCUGCCCCGGCUCGAUGGUUCCUUCCUCGACUCGGCCGAUUCUGGGGGCGAGUUCGUGUACCACGACUCGGUCGACUCGUGGUCGGACCCUCUCCCGUGGGCGGCGGAGGGCGGGACGGUUACGGAUUCCCGUCGGAUCAUAUGUGGGGUUUGUCGGACGAAUCGGUUCCGACUGGCUGUCAAGCUCCCUUGUGGGAUUGAGAAUUACUGGAGAGGAGGGAGCGAACUGAUAUCUCUUUAUCUUUCCUUGCAAUAAUUGGUAGUUUUAUUUAAAAUCGGAGGCGGAAGCCUACUCUAUUUUUUUCCUUGUACAUCACAUCACAUCACUCUUUUCCUUUUGUGGGGCUCUUCGAAUUUUCCCACGUUAGUUUUUUCAUCUUGAUCAAAUUGGCUAUUUUCCUUCCGACUGAAAUCUAUUAUUGUAUAGCGUGGGAGGGGAAAAAAUGGUCGGGAAAUCAAGGUAUUUGGCUUGUGCAAAUAAGAAUGUUCUGCUACUUGUAUUUCUAAAUAUAGAUCUUCUGUGGU